AUAAGCCUCAACCAAAGAAGAAGAGAAUAACAAAAGAGAAACACAUCAUACACUAGAGUGAAUAAAAUGGCAGCUAGCAUGAUGUCCAACGCCGCUGCGGCUGUAGCCUCAGCUAGCACUGCUCAGGCUAGCAUGGUGGCACCAUUCAACGGUUUGAAGUCCACUUCAGCUUUCCCUGUUACUAAGAAGAGCAACAUUGAUGUUACUUCUCUUGCUAGCAAUGGUGGCAGAGUACAAUGCAUGCAAGUAUGGCCACCAGUUGGCAAGAAGAAGUUCGAGACCUUGUCUUACCUUCCACCACUCACCACUGAGUCUUUGCUUAGUGAAGUUCAAUACCUUCUUAACAAGGGUUGGGUUCCUUGCUUAGAAUUCGAGCUUGAGCACGGAUUUGUGUACCGUGAGAACCACAGGUCACCAGGAUACUAUGAUGGGCGAUAUUGGACCAUGUGGAAGUUGCCUAUGUUCGGUUGCACUGACCCGACCCAGGUUGUUAACGAGCUCGAGGAAGCCAAGAAGGCUUACCCCAACGCCUUCAUCAGAAUCAUUGGAUUCGACAGCUACCGUCAAGUGCAAUGCAUCAGUUUCAUUGCCUACAAGCCUGCUGGGUACUAGUUUGAUUGUUUUUUGCUAUCUUGUUUGUGAUUAAUUCCAUUUAUCCCGGAUUCAAAUAGAAUAUGUAUGUGUUCAUAUAGAGGGAUGUGAUUGUUAUAUUUAAAGUUGAUUUAUUUCCUAAUUAUAAAUGAUAUCUCCCUUUUUUGCCAGUCAUCAA